AUGGUCUUCACUCCUCCAUCAUGGCUGCCCAAGCUCCCACCGGUCCCGGAUACCGUCCCGAUCUGCGACUUCAUACUUGACGAGAGAUACGGCCGGCGUCCCCUCUCGGACUCAUGGGACCCCUACACAUGUGGCUUGUCAGGCAGGAGCAUCACGGCGCGGCAACAGAAGGAAAAUGUUGACAAGCUGGCUCGGGGUCUGGCGAAGGAAUUUGGAUGGAAGGUUAAUGGGGGCAGUGAAUUUGACAAGGUCGCAGGUAUCUUUGCGCUCAAUACGAUUGAUAUUAUGACCUUGUCCUGGGCGCUUCACCGGCUGAAUGGCGUGUCGUCCCCAGCCAACGCCGCCUACAAUGCGGACGAGUUGCGACAUCAACUUACCAACUCUGGAGCAAAGGUACUGUUCACAGUUAUGCCACUCCUCCAGACCGCCCUGGCAGCGGCUGCCAAAUCCAACAUCCCUAAAAAGAACAUUUACAUCUGCGAGAUGCCUCACGAUCCUCCUAUCCCAAAAGAGUUCAAGACGUUGUCACAAUUGAUCAAGGAUGGCGAGUCUUUACCCGAGCUCGAGCCUAUCCAAUGGAGUAAGGGUCAAGGCGCGAGGCAAACGGCUUUCUUAUGUUACUCGAGUGGCACAUCUGGUUUACCGAAAGGCGUCAUGAUUUCACACCGUAACGUGAUUGCAAACACGAUGCAAAUCUCGGCGUUCGACAAGGUGGCCCGCGACGCCAUUUCUCCCAACUACCACGACGUCGCGCUCGGCUUACUACCUCAGUCGCACAUCUACGGUUUGAUCGUCAUCUGCCAUUGCUCAACUUACCGCGGCGACCAAGUUGUCGUGCUGCCGAAAUUCGACCUGCAGCAGUAUCUCACGACCAUCCAAAAGUACAAGGUGAGCACCUUGUACAUCGUGCCACCGAUCAUCAUCUCCAUGGUGAAGAACCGCGAUCUUCUCAAGAAGUACGAUUUGUCCAGCGUGCGAUUCAUCUUCACCGGCGCAGCACCGUUGGGCAAGGAGACCGCAGAGGAAUUGGCGUCCCAAUACCCGAAGUGGAAAGUCCGACAAGGCUAUGGCCUCACCGAGACGUGUACUGUCGUCUGUUCUUCAAGUCCAACGGACAUCUGGUUCGGCUCGUCUGGCUCGCUGCUACCGGGGAUCGAGACUAAAGUCAUCAAUGAGGAAGGAAAAGAGAUCACGGGCUACGGACAGCGCGGAGAACUGCUGGUCAAGUCUCCGAGCGUCGUUCUGGGGUACCUGAAGAACGAGAAGGCGACGGCGGAAACGUUUGUGGAUCUGCCUGAAGGGCGCUUCGCGCGCACCGGGGACGAAGUCGAGGUCCGAGUGUCUCCCAAGGGCAACGAGCACAUCUGGGUGGUGGAUCGCAUCAAGGAAUUAAUCAAAGUCAAGGGUCACCAAGUCGCCCCCGCCGAACUCGAGUCCUGCUUGCUCAAUCACCCUGCCGUAGCUGACUGCGCCGUCAUCUCCGUGCCGGAUGAUCGAGCUGGCGAGCUGCCCAAGGCGUAUGUGGUGAAAUCGAAUUCGAUUGGGCUGGAAGAAAGCGACGCUAUCGUCAAGCGGAACAUCUUGAAGUAUGUCGAGAAGGAAAAGGCCCGCUACAAGUGGCUUGCCGGGGGAAUCGAGUUUAUCGACGUCAUUCCCAAGAGUCCUUCAGGCAAGAUCUUGAGGAGACUGCUGAGAGACAAGGACAGGGAGGCCAGGAAGAACAUUGGGGCCAAACUAUAG